AUGACGGGUUGCUGGUCUUUUGACCGAGUGGCUGAGGGACUCCUCUUUUCCGACCUGCGCCAGCUCUCAAGGCGCCAUCCGCAGGAUGCGAUGCUAGACGUCAAUGGGGUGCCGCUUGCGAGGGGGCGCGCGACGGAGGUUCACACAUGGCGUUCACACCACGCGUUUAGUGGCCGGUGCGGGCUCAGUGUGAAGCGGCCAACAGAGCCAUCUGACAACAGAGAAGCUGCACGUCGAAAUGGAGGUGGUGAUGUGCCAAAUCCCGAGAAGAUGUCAUCGUCCCAUGAGUGCACGUUUUCGCGGUCCCCCGAUGAUUAUCGUGCGUGGGAGGUGGACUUCCACUUGCAGUCCACAAGUGAAACCCCCCACGUGCUGCUCUCCGUGGCGCCUCAGUAUCUCCCCUUGCAAAGCAGCGUUGUGGAGAGCGGUAGAUCGUGGUGCCCACCAACGGCAGAAGAACAGGAAAUGUACGACAAACGCAUCCUUGAGACCCCACUUAUUUGGGAGGAACCCAUGACGCUUUCGGUGGAUUGCACCACGAAUGGCAUUUUUCUCUGGAGCGACGAGUGGAGAAUGUUUGGAGAAAAAAUAGCUGACAGGUGUUUCUCGCGUCGAAUUCAAAGCCAUGUCGGGGAAUAUAGUGUGGACAACACGGGUCCUCGGUCGGUGGUUAGGGAAGGACCUUAUGAGGCAUUUGUGCGACUUAGUUGGCGUAUGAUGGCAGCGGGCGAAUGUGACGCGUACUAUGGGGAGAAACGCUCCUUCAAUGAUUCGUCCUUACCUAAUACUUGCGUUGGCCCGCGUUAUGGGGAAGUGUCCGUUUUUCUUCGCACGAGUAACUUAGACCAAGAGGACGAGGUUGCGUCGGUAAUGCGGCAACGUGACGGAGGUGGAACUGUGAGGGCACGUGGUGGAGAGAGUGUGAGCAGUGGAGCACAAGUGUGGGAGCGUGCUGGGGGAUGUGCCGUGCCCGGAGAUGAUGUUCCUGAUGAAAUGUACUUUGCUCCGUAUGUGACACUCAUGGAUGCUGGUGACGAAGCGAUCCUCCUCUAG